AUGAACCCGCCCACAGCCUGGAGAUCUUUGGUAGCGGAAUCGUCGCGCCGCAGCAUAUCAUCUCUAAGGAAUUUGAAGGUCGCUGCCAAACAGUCGCUCGAGCGGCUGGACAGCCCGGGCCCGGGCGCGAGAAGCAUCCAGGAUGGCCGGCAGAGCUGGAGAGAUUGGGCAGGGGAGAAGAUCAGGUCACGGCGGUUUCGAGGUAGUGAGAAGGAGGGCCCUGACGAACGAAUCUCUCUGUUUCCAGGCUGGGCGGCGAAGCGGUAUCGCGACAUUGGGAACCAGAAUUUGCCAGAAGCGUUUGAGGUCGAUGUGUUCGUGUCGGGGUAUGCUUCAAGCCACAAGUCGCCGGCGAACGCGAGUCGCUCUCAGCGCGCGUUCAUGCGACUGGCGAAGAGUUUCGCCGCCCUCCCAAAGCUUAUGGCCGAUGUAGCAGACCCUGAAUCUGAGCCAUCAACGCCUUUAUCACGGUCGACGGAGGACUUGCUUGCAACUGUGAAACUACCGCCUAGACCUUCAGAAAUAACGGAGGACUACGAGGUCCAAUUGCUAGAGCAGACCCUUAAACGCGCCAAGCACGAGGAGUCCACCGACAGCCUCCCCUCGCCUGGGGACCGCUUGCCUUUCACAGCCAAUCCCGCACUACUUCUGAAUCCCGCGUCAAUACCUUUGGCGGUCGCUGCUGACCUUCGCAAGCUCCAUGAGAACCUCGAAUCGAGGUUGCGCCCUUUCUGGUCGUCCGUAUUAUCGGUUCGAACUGUCCGUGUUAGUAUAUUUGCGGUUUCACAGCAAAGAAACCAGGAGGACUAUGGCGGUAAUAUUGCGCUGGCUUCGAAGGAGUUUGUCACCACUACAGACGGCAGCUUCCAGGGUCAUCUCUCUCUACGCUGGGAAGACCUAUGCCAACAUCCAACCGGCCUCCAAAUCGCGUUUGGAGACGUUAUUGCUGAGCACGACCUCCUUGUCCGAGCUGAACUUCUUCCUCCCCCUCCGUCCUCUCGCACGCCCUCGCCUUCCCCCUCAUCUGACGAUUCAUCGCCAACGGAACGAAACAGGCCGCCCUAUCCCGUCUACAAACCUCAUGUAAUGAAGCUCCCCGAACCCCCCAUUGAAGAUCAGGAGCCAACAGCAGUGUCAACCUUGCACGUACCGAUAACACAUUCACCAAUUCGUGUCAUCUCUGAUAUCGACGAUACGGUCAAGCGGUCAAACAUCGUUGACGGGGCGCGGGCCGUAUUCCACAAUGUCUUCGUCAAGGAGCUCGACGAUAUAGUGAUACCUGGCAUGGGAGAAUGGUACACUAGCAUGUGGAGUAAAGGCGUUCGAUUCCACUAUGUCUCGAAUGGGCCAUUCGAGCUCCUCCCCGUUGUCAGCGACUUCUUGCAAGUAUCUCAGUUACCUCCAGGCUCGAUCAAACUAAAGUCAUAUGCUGGUCGAUCGUUGUUUAAUGGUCUUCUGUCGGCACCUGCAGCUCGCAAACGUGCAGGGAUCCAAGACAUUCUUGAGGCAUUCCCUACAUCCCGGUUCAUCCUAAUAGGUGAUUCAGGGGAACAAGAUCUCGAGCUUUACGCUGAGUUUGCUAAGGAGCGUCCGGAACAAGUUCUCGGGGUAUUCAUUCGUUACGCUGAAGAGACGGCCGAGAUGAUCCAAGAUCCUACGGGUUGGCAGACAAUUGGGGCUUCAUCUAUACCUGCCUUCAACUGGGCGAAGGCAACACCGUCUGGGCCGACUGUUUCCGACAACCCCCCAGCAACGCCUACUAUGGAGCCUCGCACACCACGCCGCAACACACCGGAUGCUACCGUCACCGAGACACCCAAGCCGAAGCAAUUAUCUUUAUCCAUCCCCGCCCCCUACACCGCGCCCCCUGUUGGGAAGUCAGCCUCGGCGAGAACUGAUAGGCACGGCCCCAUCACAUCCUCUCCCCUCACCUCUGAACCCGAGCGAUACCUGUCUCCGAGCGCACAUAGUGCCACAACGCCAACCAGCGCCAAGUUGUCUGAUGCUUGGAAGAGCAAGACACGCGGAUCGACCGGGUCCAGUGUGUCUGUGCGCCCGGCGUCAAUCUCAUCAUCGACUUCGCCAUCCGUCAGCUCAGCGUAUUUACGGAUGAGCGAGCCAGAGAAAAAGAAGUUUGAUUUGCAGGCGAGGGUGUAUAGGGCUCGCACGCAGAUGCCGGGACAUAUCCCUUUGAGGGUGUUCAGAUCGCCAGAGGAGUGCGUGGAGGCCGAGUUUAUAUUAAGCCGAGAGGGUUUGUAA